CAGCAUCAAGUUGAAAUGGAGCGCACGGCGGGAGCACGAAUCGUUGGCCACCCCCUAUUUCCCAUUUCCCACAGUUGCCUCGUGGGGUUCCGCACACCGAAUUUCAAUGACGCUCCACCUGCUGUCUGAGCUAGAGGCGACGCUGUAACGUCCAUUCUGGGACUGAUAUCUCGUGGGCAGUUCGGCGCUAGAAAAUCAGAAGGGCCCAGAAAAGUUACGUUAUUCAAACAUGAUAGGGUUCCACGACGAAUCUCCCUUUGCGCAGUGAAAUCUCUCCUGCUUCUUCGUCGCCGUCCCCAACGCCGUCGUUCGUCUCUCGAACAUUGCUCUGCGGUAGCAGUCUUCUGGAAAGGCAGCAGUCAUGUCGACGAAUCCCAACCCCGGGUUCAAGCCGGAAUCAUGGAGUUUAUACGGCGUCGGCGCAUUCUUCGUCGUCCUGCGACUGUCCGUACCAAGCGCCUGCGAUCACCGUGCAUGAGAAUUACCCCUCUAACGUACUUUCGAACAGGAUCGGCAAGAUCAAACGGGUGGGCAUCAGACACCUCGAAAUCGACGACGCCCUCAUCGCGUUCGGCUUCGUGGCCUACACCAUACUCGUGGUGGCCUUUAACGAAAUGCUGGACGGGCCAGGAUCCAACUUGAUGACACCAGAGGAGGAAGCCGCGCUUACACCGGAGACCAAAGCAGGGCGCAUUCGCGGGAGCAAAUGGGUCUUUGUGUCUGAGCACGCGGAACUUCUCACAAUCUGGAGCAUGAAGGCGGCCAUGCUGGUUCUGUAUGCAAAGUUGAUCGACAAGACUCGACAGCGCAGAUUGCUCUGGGUGGUCGUGGCAUGGGUGGUUUGCGCUUUCGUGGGAGACGAACUCGCCCUCUUCACCAUCUGCCGACCCCUGUCGCAGUAUUGGGCCGUUCCCGCUCAGAAUUCCCAAUGCUACACCUACCAAUACUAUCAGAUCGUCAACGCCGUCUUCAACAUCUCCACCGACAUCCUGAUCAUGCUCAUGGGUAUCCCUCCGGUCCUGUCGGCCCGCCUGUCCCUGCAGCAAAAGCUCAUCCUCGGCGUCAUCUUCGGGAUGGGUGGCUUCGUGAUCGUCGCCGCCAUCCUGAGGGCGAUCUACUGCCUAGUCCCCUCGCUGAUCUCCUACGUCUACAUGAACUGGUACUUCCGCGAGGCGUCGGUGUCCAUCUACGUGACGACCCUGCCGGGCAUCUGGGUGUUCCUGAAGGAGAUGUUCCCCAUCAUCCAGAAACUCACGAGCCGGCCCGCAACGAAACCAACCAACUCCCGCACCGUCGAGCACCAGAAGCAGGCGUCUUACUGGAAUGAGCCCAGCAGACACCACCGCAGCCAAUUCGACGCCAAGGAUCUGGACUUUGACCUGGACACGUACCCGAUCAGCAAGUCCAUGAUCACCUCGGCAGAGAGUGACCUGGGCGGCCAAGGCGUCGGCCGCAGCGACAGUGGACAGGGCGAUGCCGAUUCCACAAACUCGACGCGCUAUGAUGCCGCACUCCAUGAGAUAAGGUGCGACAAGACGUUCACUGUCGAGAGCAUUCCCCGAGGUCGACCCUGAGCGACGCCCAGAAUUGCUGGAGAAGGGGGGAAGUCUCGUACGAGAGAGAGAGAUCUCUCAUAUCUGCGGGUCUGUCCUUCUUGUAUGAAGCUGGGACGCUGUGCGACGUUCUUGAACAGUACCAUGAUCAUUUUCAUGUUUUGCAGCAUCAGCGCCGUGUACGAUGUUAGACGCACCAGAGUAGAGGGAGGCUCUUCUGUUUUUGAUCAUGAUAGUCUCGGGACCGGAACCAGGACCAAUGUAUGCUAGGAAUUGAAGAAUUGUUAGGAAUUGAGUCAGAAUCCGUCAAAUGAAUACUGCCUGGAGGCCGAUUCGAGCACAUACCCCAUUCCCAUAUGGAGACAUGUGUCGCUUGUCCGUUUCCCCAAUCUGGGCGGCCUGAAUCCACCCCUCUAUGAUGCCGGCUUGCUUGAAAACUGUCCUUUUGGUUUUGGGGGAAGGAUGCAAUGGUAACAUGGCAGCCUGCUUGAUGAGG